AUGCUCGUGUCUCUGUUAUUAUAUCCUAGGCCUAAGCAAUUACCGCACAUGCCUGAGCAGUUUAUACCACUCUUUCUGCAUUCGCAGUUACGGACGCAUUCGUCUUUGCAAGCGCACACUAUGAGAGAAAGUAACUCCUGCGGAGCUAAAGGACGUGCUGUUGUAAUUGGUGUCAGGUGUUCGCCAAUCUUUUUCCACCCCACUCAAGCGGAUUCUUGUUCUCAUUCAGCCACUGCUGCACUUAGUGGCAGGGUGCUUUCUCUGCAGCUAUGGAGUCCUACCUUCCCCUUUACUUCUUCACCAGAAGCAUGGCUACCACCUCCGCCGGAUCCACCGUUUCAAAGCAUCUCUUCUACUCCACCUUCUCCGCCGUUAUGGUCUUCACCCGUAUCCCAUGGGUCGCCGUGGACUGAUGGAGAGAUUCCGGAUAAAUAUGCUCGGAAUCCCAGGCAUACUAGAUGGGGGUCCUUUAGGACAGACAUUGACAGUAAGCUUGGAGCGGUCCCAUACAGGCUUUGCAGGGGCUCUGACAUAGAAGCAGCUGUCGAGUCUCUGAGCAGGGACUUGACGGCUGCAUAUGAGGAAAACUACCCGUUACGCAAAGUCCAAGGUCCUGAUGGAACAGGGGAUCAGUCUCAAAUUCCUAUAACUGCAAAGUGCAAAGUGUCCUUAAAGAAUAAGACCAUCAUGAUUCAGAUGGUGCUGCUCCCAAUCAUGACUUACGCAGCAGUAGCUUGGGGCUACGUUUCCAAAACGUUGAACAAGAGGCUCCAGGCUCAACAAAACAUAGCACUCCGUGAGACGGUGGACGCACCGUGCAUCGAAGACACGACAAUCACAGCCAUGGACCCGGAAGCCUUCUUGGACAUCGCCAAUCAGGUGGUGAAGCUGAAGAUGUUCCCCUAUUUCGACAUCGCGCAUUGCACACUGUGCGCUUUGGCUGUUAGAGAGGACCUCGGAAGCGGUAGGUGCUGGUUCAUGUGCCACGCGAGAAAGUUGAUUUUGAUUUCGUUUCGCUUUUUCUACCGCAUGUGCGGCUAG